AUGGAGCCAACAAUUCUCUCUACUUGGGGGAGUGAAGAAGAUAAAAAAGAUUGUUGGAAAUGGAGAGGAGUUGGGUGCAACAACCACACUAGUCAUGUCACCAUGCUCGAUCUUCAUGUAUCGCACAAUUAUUCUCUCCCGGCAUAUCAAGCACUGAGAGGUAAGAUUAGUCCUUCAUUGCUUGAAUUGCAACAUUUGAAGUAUUUAGAUCUUCAUGGAAAUGAUUUCGUAGAUAUCCACAUCCCAAAGUUCAUUGGUUCUCUCGGCAAACUACAAUACCUCAACCUUGCAUGUAAUGGCUUUUCUGGUCCAAUUCCUAAUCAGUUCAGGAACCUUUCUAACUUGCAAUAUCUUAAUCUUGCCAACAAUUUUGAUCUGAACUGUGGAAAUCUUGAUUGGUUGUUCAACUUUAGUUAUAGCCUCACUGAUGUAGACCUUUCUGUUAACCAGCUAAAAGGUCCCAUUCCUGAUUCUUUUGGAGACAUGAUUUUUCUCACAAAUCUCAGUCUUUAUGGCAAUUAUCUUGAAGAGGACUCGUUACAGGUUUUGAAUAUGGAUUACAACCAACUCAGUGGACCAUUGCCUGAUUUUACAAGAUUUUCUUCCUUAAAAGCAUUAUCUGUUGCCUUUAAUCAAUUGAGUGGGUCCAUCCCAGAAACUUUUGGACAACAUCCCAAUCUUGCUUCUCUUAUGUUGUAUGGAAACCAGAAUUCAGGGUCACUACCUAACCUUUCAACGUUUCCAUCAUUGACGCAUUUUCCUUAA